AUGGCUGAGAACACCCCCAGGAGCCUGCAGGACGCCCCCAGCUCUUCCCCAGAUGAAAACGAGUUUCCCUUUGGAUACCCCACCAAUAUUUGUGAGGAUGUGCCUGGUCAGAAGUUCCUGUGCAGCAACUGCAACAACAUCCUGAAGAAAGCCCUGCAGACCCUGUGUGGGCACAGGUACUGCUCUGCCUGCCUCACCUGGAUCGUCAGAAACAAUAAAAAUGCAAUUUGCCAGAAAUGUAAAGAGGAAGAUCCCGACACUUUAGGUGAGGAAAGCCUAUUGGCAGAAGAAAGGGCUUUUGGUGAUGCUGCCAUUAAUAAAGAGAUUUCUGAACUCAGAGUCCACUGUGUGACCCUUGGGUGCAGCUGGUCUGGUAUCAUGAAAGACUUUGAAGAGCAUCAGAGUUUAUGUGAAUAUGCUUUGAUCCCUUGUCACACUGGCUGUGGGCACGUGGUGAUGAGAAGGAAGCUGGCAGAUCACUUGGAAAAUGGAUGUGUCAAUAAUGUGACAGUGUGUCAGCAGUGCCAGUGCAGCCUGGCCAGCUCUGAGCACCAGGAGCAUUCAUGUGAAGGCAGUUUAUGCAAGGAACAAAAACCUGUGCAAACAGAAGCAGCAUCAAAGGAAAAGAGCCAUUCUACAUCCUUAGCCAACAAGGAUGGGUGCUGUUUUUCUGAAGUUGGCUGUGAAUUUAGGGGAAGCAAAGAGAAAAUAAAGGAGCACGAAAAAUCUGCAGUGGGGGCUCACAUGCUGCUCCUGCUGCAGCACAUGAGGCAGCUGCAGGGAACCUUGUGCUCUGAUGCCAGAGCUGCACAGGGCUUCCCCCCACAGCCAGAGCUCAGCUUGAAGAGUGCAGGAAAAAGCAGCUCUGACCUGCAGACCCCAGCAGGACUGCAGUUCAGCAGGGAUCCAGAAGUGGAUUGUUUCCCUGCAUCUUCUGUUCCUGAAGAUGAGUCUGUCCUGCAGCAGCUCGUGAGGGAGAAGGUGAUUUCUGAGCUGGAAAAUAAGCUGCACGUGUUUGAGAACAUUGUGGCAGUGCUCAAUAAGGAGGUGGAGAGCUCUAAUUUGGAAAUCCUGGCCUUCAGGAGGCAGAGUGAACUGGACCAGAACGUAAUCCGGGGCCUUGAACUGAAGAUUGCAGAGUUGCACCGCUGCCUGACACAGAAGGAUGCAGGUCUGAGCAGCCUGCACAAGAGCCUGCUGUUCUCUGAGCAAGCCUCCUACGAUGGGAUCUUCCUCUGGAAAAUCACAGAGGUGGGCAGGAAGCUCCAGGACUCUGUGACUGGCAGGACAGUCAGUUUGUACUCCCCAGCUUUCUACACUGCAAAAUAUGGCUACAAGGUGUGUCUGAGGGUGUACCUGAACGGGGAUGGGACAGGGAAAGGAACCCACAUGUCCCUGUUCUUUGUUGUCAUGAAAGGAGACUACGACGCUCUGCUCCCGUGGCCUUUCAGGCACAAGGUGACGUUUAUGUUGCUUGACCAAAAUAACAGGGAGCACAUAAUUGAUGCCUUUCGCCCAGACCUGACUUCUGCUUCAUUCCAGAGGCCAGUGAAUGACAUGAACGUGGCCAGUGGCUGCCCCAUGUUCCUGCCCUUGUCCAAACUGCAGUCCCCCAAACACGCCUACGUGAAAGAGGACACGCUUUUCCUGAAAUGCAUCAUAGAAACAAAUUAG